UUACUAGGAGUGGAUGUGCUGAAUGAAUUAACCACCUUUCCACGCAUUAUCAAGACACACCUACCAGUUCAGUUCCUUCCCAAAUCAUUCUGGGAGCAGAACUCCAAGAUAAUCUAUGUGGCUCGUAAUGCCAAGGACAGUGCCGUAUCCUAUUUCCACUUUGAUCGCAUGAACAAGGUCCAGCCAGAGCCUGGCAGCUGGGAGAGUUUCCUCCAGAGAUUCAUGGAGGGAAAAAUGGUGUUUGGCUCCUGGUACGAACAUGUAAGAGGAUGGUGGGAGAAGAAACAGACCUGUUCUAAUAUCCUGUAUUUGUUCUAUGAGGACCUGAUUGAGGAUACUGAACAAGAACUCGUCCGCAUCUGCUCAUUCCUGGGACUGUCUCCUACCACAGAGCUGAAGAAACAAGUCACAGAAAAAGUUCAAUUUGACAACAUGAAGAACAACAAGAUGGUGAAUGGCUCCGCUGAUGAAGUAUUCGAUUUAAAAAUCUCCCCCUUCAUGCGCAAAGGAAGGGUUGGCGACUGGAAUAAUCACUUCACUGUACAGCAGGAUGAACAGUUUAAUGAGGACUACAAGAAGAAGAUGAAAAACACUGAUCUUCAAUUUCGUACUGUUCUGUAGGUGAUUAUACAGAAGAGUAUAACAGUAUAUCUGCCAU